UAAUUUAUUUUAUUUAUUUUUGUAGAGAAUUUUAAUAGUUGUUUCUUCUUCUUUUUCUUUCAUUUUUAUCUUCCAUAAAUUUUGUAUUUCUUAUUGCAUGAAGCUUCUCAAUUUUAUCUAUUAUUCUACUUGCUACUAUUUUCUUCUACUUUCUUAACAAUUAAUAAGAAUAUUUAUUCUUAUUUAAUUGAUUUUCUAGUUUUUAAUUUGUUUUAUAAAAUCUUUGGAAGUGAAAAAAAAAAUGGAUUCAAGAAUGGAGAUAGAUUUUAUGGACCUCAACAGCAAACCACAAUUAUCAGAAAUGGAGAAGCAACACAAAAAAGUAUCUGGAAUGAAGUGGCCAUUUUCAUUGGCUGAUUUAGCUACUCACCAUGAACACACAUUUUUUCAGAAUUACAACUCCACCCCAAUAGUUUCCAUUAAUUCAAAAAAUUCAUCCCUAAACAAUUACAAAUCCACCAUUGACCCCCAAUACUUUAGAGGGACUUUUCCUCUAGCAGCAAAAACAAGCACUUAUGACUCAAGGAAAAAUUAUGACAAUUUGAGUCCAAAUGAGUCAACAUUGACUAUAUUCUACAUGGGUGAGGUCCAUAUUUUUCCGGGUAUAUCACCAGAAAAGGCUGAGCUUAUAAUUGACCUGGUUUCUAAAUCAACAACUCUCCACAUGGAUGAGAUUUUAGAAAAAGUGAUGAAUAAAGAAAAAUAUGAAGAAAAUAAAUCAGACCCUUCAAAUGCAUCCACAAAUUAUGCUAAAGGAGCACUUGCUAUGGCUCGUAGAGCAACUCUUGCACGAUUUUUGGAGAAGAGAAAACAUAGAUUGAUCAAAGCUAGGCCAUAUCUAUAUGGUGAAAAUUUAUCAAAGUUUCCCUUUGAUAUUCAACAAGAAGAAGAAGAAACGGCGUCGUCAAGCGUUCAUUGGGAAAACUAAUUCAAGACAAAUUUCAUUGUUUUGAAUUAUUAUUAUUCUUUUAGAAAUAUUAUAAUGUUUUAUACACGUGCCUAUCAUGUUGUGUUAAAUUAUAUACUUAUAUUAACAACUAAAAAUUUUCAAAGACUAUUGUAAUUUUGUUAUGAGUUAUGAUAUAACAUUUUGCAAA